AUGGAGGCGACAAUGGAACCAGUCGAGCCCCCCACAUGGAAACUAUUCGUAGAUGGGUCCUCAAGAGAGACUGGCUCUGGGGCAGGGAUCGUCUUGGAAAGCUCGGAAGGCCACAAGCUAAACUUCACAGUAAGGUUCGACUUCAAAGUCUCGAGCAACGCUGCUGAAUACGAGGCCCUUCUGGCAGGUCUUAGACUUGCUAAAGAGAUGCAGGUCAGAAGGCUCCUAACGAGCAGUGAUUCUCAACUUAUAGUGAAUCAAGUCAAUGGGAACUUCACGGCCAAGGACAGUAGCAUGAUUGCAUACUUGAAGUUGGUUCUGAACCUACUUCCUCAUUUUGAAAGGUUCGAACUGACUCAAGUCCCCCGCCUAGAAAUUACACAUGCAGACGCCCUUUCAAAACUGGCUAGCAGCAAGCAUUCAGAGCUGCUAAAGAUUGUCCUUAUUGAGCACUUAUCAAAACCCUCCACUUUCGGAGGUGAAGAGGUACUAUGGAUAGAAGGCACCCCAUUAUGGAUGCAGCCUAUCAUCGCCUAUUUGAAGGAUUAA